AUGACAACAAUUGGGACUAAGAACCAAAAGAAGAAAAACGCCUACGCGGCAGUGAAGGCCGAUCCAGAUGACGAAUACGCAACACCUGGGGCCUUCGAGCUGGAGCGGCUCUUCUGGCACGGGACUGUGAAAUUCACACACGUCAACGAAGUGUGGCCCAACCUCUACAUCGGCGAUGAAAAGACCGCGCUAGAUCGCUAUAAUCUGGAGAAGAUGGGCAUGACGCACAUUCUGAAUGCUGCAGAUGGCAAGUGGAAUGUUGGCACCGGACCAGAGUACUACAGCGACAUGAACAUCGAGUAUUAUGGGGUGGAAGCCGAAGACCUGCCCGGCUUCGAUCUCAGCCAGUUCUUCUACCCAGCUGCAAAGUUCAUCGACAAGACCCUGAACAACCCUGAAAAUAAGCUUUUGGUACACUGUGCCAUGGGAAGAAGUCGAUCGGCCUCUCUGGUUCUGGCUUACCUGAUGAUCUACAAGAACAUGAAUGUUGUAGAAGCAAUUCAUCAAGUGCUUAAAAACCGAGCCAUACUGCCCAACCGUGGCUUCCUGAAGCAGCUCAGACAGCUCGACAUAAACCUCAUUCUAGAAAGGAAGAAUGCAAAGAAUGAGAACAGUUCCAAUGGUGUAGACCAUGAGGAGAACAAAGUGAUCACUUAACAUUUUUGUGGAAUGAAAAGGAAUUUAGGAACACUUACCAUGGAUUUCCAGCAUAUUACCGAAUUAUUUCAUAAAAAUAUAGGAAUCAAAGGAGAUGAAAAACAAAAAGGGAUUGAUAGCUGUCAACCAAAAAAUAUAAAUUGUUGAGCCGAAUACCACAAAGCCUGGAGCAGACCUUUAACUUGUGGC